AUGGUGCUGCCAUUGGUGAAGCUCGGGUCGCUCGCGUUCCGGACGCUGAGCAAGCCCAUCGCGGCCCGCCUCAAGCACAACGCCGGCAUCCACCCCAAGUUCCGCGGCUUCAUCAUCGGCCUCGCCCAGGCAAACCAUCGUUUUACUACAAACAUGCAGAGGCGGCUUUAUGGCCGUGCAACUGACAUGCACAUUCGGCCCCUGAAUGAGGAGAAGGCUAUUCAAAAUGCCGCAGAUCUUCUUGGUGAACUAUUUGUUUUCUCGGUAGCUGGUGCUGCAAUUAUCUAUGAGGUGCAGAGAAGUGCUAGGGUAGAAGCCAGAAAAGAAGAGAUCCGCAGACAGGAAAUCGAGGCGAGAAAGAAAAGGAUAGAGGAGCUAGCCAAUGAAGUGCAGAUGAUGAAGCAGAGGGUCAGCGAGAUCGAGCAGCGGCAGUGCGAGCGACGGGGCGGUCCGAGCUUCCGCGGCUUCACCGCUUCCGCCCAAGCGCAGCAGGCGGCGGCAGCCGGCAGCACAGCGUAGCACGAAACAUCGGCAACCCACGGCUGCUGCUGCUUAGCUUCUCCUUCUCCCCUGGUGCUGUCCAUAGGCUGGCUGGCUCUCCUGUCCUGCAUUUCCGAAGGACUAGUGCAGAUUGCCCCCUGUUUUCCUCGCAUCGCUUAGCUCGAUCGCGUCGAAUUCGACUGCGGUAUUCUCGUCGAAUGGCUGGAGUUCUUUGUUGUUGCGCUUGUUCUGAGUUUUGACUACUGACCUGUGAAUAGCAUGCGAGAGGUCUCAAGCUUGACUUCGCAAAAGCCUUUGACUCUGUCAUUUGGGACAGCCUCCGUAAGAUACUCAGUGCAAGGAAUCUACCAGACACUUGGAACAAUUGGAUCAGCUUGCUGUUGAAAACCUCAAAGUCUGCAAUCUUGCUGAAUGGUAUCCCACGAAAUUGGAUCAAUUGUAAGAGAGGGUUACGGCAGGGAGACCCCUUGUGGCCUUACCUUUUCAUCCUUGUGGCUGACGUGCUCCAGAGACUGUUAAUAAGCCGGGUGCCGUCAGGUAAUCCUAUAAGACAGAACCAGCAGCCCUGUGCUACCUUACAAUGGGUCCAUUUAACUGAUAGUAUUAUACUGCCAGUAGAAUUAAUCUUAUCCGUUGAUUUAAAAGAAUA